CCCCUACCAUGGCUGCCCGUAGCGUUUAACGUAACCGGGCUCAUCGUCGGGUCCUCACUGAAACUUUCUUCCCGUUCCCAGUAAAAGCGACGAUGCCGAUAUGGGUGGUUCUUCUGUCAAGAAUCAUAAUGAAGGAGAAGCAGACGACGAAGGUAUACUUGUCUCUAAUCCCCAUCAUAAGCGGUGUCCUAUUGGCCACAGUCACUGAACUUUCUUUUGACAUGUGGGGGCUCAUCAGUGCACUUGCUGCUACGCUUUGUUUUUCACUCCAGAACAUCUUCUCAAAGAAGGUAUUAAGAGAUUCCCGAAUACAUCAUCUUCGGUUGCUGAACAUACUUGGAUGCCAUGCUGUGUUCUUCAUGAUCCCAACGUGGGUUUUGGUAGAUCUUUCCUCCUUCCUAGUAGAAAAUGACUUGAGCACAAUGUCUCACUGGUCCUGGACCUUAAUGCUGCUUAUAAUCAGUGGAUUCUGUAAUUUUGCCCAGAAUGUCAUUGCCUUCAGUAUUCUUAAUCUGAUCAGCCCGUUGAGUUACUCUGUUGCAAACGCCACAAAAAGGAUCAUGGUCAUCACAGUUUCCCUUAUAAUGCUUCGCAAUCCAGUUACUAGCACCAAUGUCCUUGGAAUGAUGACGGCUAUCUUAGGGGUAUUCUUAUAUAACAAGACAAAAUAUGAUGCAAAUCAAGAGGCAAAGAAGCAGUUACUUCCAGUUACAACUGGAGACCUCGUGAAUUUGGACCGGCAUCGAAACACCCCUGAGAAGUCUCAGAAUGGACUUUCGGCAUUUGCACAACAUGGAGACUAUCAGUAUGGUCGAGCCAAUAUCUUAACAGACCACUUCCAGUAUAAUCGGCAAAACUAUCCGACUACCUACAAUUUAAAUCGUUUUGAUAUAUAGAAUCCUGGCAAGCAGGUAUAGACUGUGAUAUCAAAGUGUCCCCAGCAUCAUCAGAAACUUUUAGUACAUCCGUGAAUGUAAGCCAUUUUAUUGUACAGGUUUUGCAGAAGGGAAGAUGCAUGUGUAGUGAAAGUGGUACAGACCUUUGACUUCUGCUAAGCAGAUCUUUACACCUGAAAUAGUUAGAUCUGACACUGGAACUAAAUGCACAGUGUAGCUCUUUUACAGAGAUUGUGGUGAAAUGCAGAUAGAAAACUUCAGUGUAAAAUAUCUGCUGUCACUGCUCCUUUUUUGGAGUCUGUCAAUGGAUUAUUGUUUUGGCAGCUAAACCGUGGCCAGUACUUUGUUUCCAUGCUAAUAACAUCACCUUUAAUUUGUUCUCUAAUGUGUAUUUUAAUGAUAUUUUGAUGAAAUUUUCAGAAAAAGUGAAAUUAUGUGCACUUCUGGUUAUCAGGGGCUGUCAGUUCGAGGAGAAAUGACUUCUGUUUAUCAGUUGCGGACAGGCAGACUUGAAUUCAUCUUGAGCAAAUAUGAAACUUCGUGUGGGUAUUAAUUACCUCUGUGCCUAUACCUUCAGUUUUUGAUGACAAACCAGGAAUGUUUCUGAAAGAGUAGACAGUAGAAAAAUUGAUCCCUUCAAGAAUCUUUUUUCAGGCAUAGAGAACCAUUUUUUUCUAAAAUCAUUGUUUUUCCAGUUGCUGUAGGUAACAAAACAGAGCUUAAGAUCAUCAUUGUUUUCUAAACAAUGUCGUCCUGUAACUUCAGACAUUGCUCUUCCCUGGCAAUACAGAAAACACCUUGACAAAUAAAGUGUUUGGAACAAUAUGAUUUUUUUUUUUUACUUGCUUUACACCUGUUCUUACAAAACUCUUGUGUUGGCUUAAAAAUUCAAAGUUUUAAGGUGUUUUCUUCUCAGUUUUAUGCACAAACUAUGCUCCUUUAUUUGACUGAUAUUUUAUGAAUGCAUGGCUUUGAAUAAUCAUCAUUUUUAAUUGUUUCUUAAGUCUAUCUUUUCAGUCCCUGAUUGUUUUUAUAACUUUCUUAAUCAGCACUGUUGGAGCUGCUGUGUGCAUUUGGCCUGACUUCUACUUUCAGCUGAAGGAAGCUAAAUUUUAUAUCCUUCUCUUUCUGCAACUCCCCUAGCUUGAUAGUAAAUUAUUAAGAAAAAAUAUUUUGAAUUAGCAGUAAAUAUAUAAUUUAUGAGUAAUAAGUACUGAUUCAGUUAGCGUCAAUGAAGGUACUUAAUUCUAGACGAGUCAACUGUUGUGUGUCAGAUACUGCAUUUGUGCAGGAAAGGAAUGAAACCAGUUGAACUUUGGUUUUGCUGAACCAGAUUACUGCUCCUUAGCAAAGAAGAUUUUAGGGUCCUUCUUUCCUUAACAGAAAAGCUGUUGUAUAGCAAGAUUUUGAUAGCAUAGGUAUUAAGUUUUUACUAGAAAGGUAUUAGAUACUGGUAACAAAAUUUAGGGUAUGGUGCUGUACAAAACACUCCCUCUACUUAUUUAAUGCUUUAAACAUGACUGUUUCUUUGAAGUGAAAUGAUGAUUUGACUCCUUUCUGGAUACUAAAGAAUUUAUUUUUAAGUACAAAGUCAACCUGAUCUCACUCUUUUGGUUGUCUAUGGAGGUAGUUCUGUAGACUGCCUUCCGUGGUACAGUCCAAAAGAGGAAACAGUCCUUCUGAAACUUUAGAGAUGGGUUAAAUAAGCUGCUAAUGUUUGUGAGCAGAACUUCCGUGGCUUCCCUGGUGUUGAAUCUGUUCAUGCUGGCAUAGAACUUGGGCUUUUAGCUUAGAAAAUCUGAAUAAAUUAUUCCCCAACCUGAUUAACAAGAAAAAAGAUUGUGUGG